AGUACUUUCAGAUGUACUAUUUGAAUCUGAGCCAUGUGUUUAAUCAUUCUUGAAAGAAAACAGAAAUUUAGUUUGUCUUGAGAUUCACAUUUAAUUGGAUCGUUUUAAUUGGAGCUUGUCUAAACAUUUGUUAAAAAAAAUAAUCAACCCGUUAUUUAACAAACAUGUUUGUACUGGGCUGUGCAAAUACAAGGGCAAUUAAUUAACACUGGUUAGUUGCUGUUUUAAGGGCUUUUUCAGAGAAAAUACAUAAAUCUUAAGAUAUAUUUCCAUAAGUGAUGACAUUGUUAAGGCAGCAAACUUAAAAACACUGUGUCUAGUUUAUGUUACUGCACAACCAAGCACACAAUGCAGGGAUUGUCUCUGAGUCACAUUUUUGUUUUGUUCUCUCUUCAAACAAUGGACGUACUUAGUCUACCUGCUGAUCCCAGUACAGCUAAACAGGCUACAAUCUGCAGCUUUGCCAGUUUCAUUGUUUAACAGACUUCUUCACUGAUUAUACAUUAAUUUUAUUUGGGGGGGGGGUCACUACUUUUUUUUCAAAUAUGAUCAUCAAUUUGUCCUUCUUUUCUGUACUGUCAUAAAACAUUAAGUCUUUUAAGCAAAUUUACUAUGCAAAGUAAGUAACUAGUUUGGGUCGUCGUGUCCUGCCCUGUUUCCAUAUAGACUUUAAAUCACAACAUUUCCCCACCAUUGUACUCUUAAAUUGAGUUGUGAAGUUCCUGUUAAGAGACACAACGGCCAAGGUAAUGAAUUUCCACUCACCGUGUUUAGAGAGAUAAUUCUGUGCUGUGGUUUGCAUAACCUACAAGCCUGACAGCACUCUAAGCCAUUUUCACGCACAGAAUGCAGCUGCCCAAAUAGGAGGUUUGGGGCUUAGAGAAGCUUAUACAGGCUAAAGGAUUUGAGCCUUCGUCUUGCUCUCAGGAAUACUCCUGAGGUUGUAUAUUUAGUCUGUAGACUAAGAAAUGCACAAGAAAUGAAUUGUUUCCUCGGUUAAAAGUAACACUUUCUUACACUUUAAAAGACCAAAAAAAGUCAAAUUAUUGGAUACAAAAUAAACUAAAUAGGCGUCUUUUGUUUUAACGUAAGCAAGAAAAGGUCCUGAUUUAUAUUUUUCUUCGACACUGGUUGUAUUUCUUCUGACUUCACACUUCUAGUUGCUCUUUCCUAGCCUUUUUUUUUUUUCUGACGUACUUCCUAUAUCCCUUUUUCACUCACCCCGAUGCCUUCACCCCAGAUUCUCUUAUUUACGAAGGUCGCCAGAGCAACACGUAUUUCACUUAAGUGUUGCAAUCAGUAGUGACUCUGGGCAUAUAGAAAAUGAGGAAAUGCAAUGUGAAGCACUUCAGGACAAGUGAAGUGUUACACUGCCAUGCAGGGGGGCGUCACUCUUCUCUGUUUAAUUGGCCUUCACUGAACAGUAAAUCUGUCUUUUCGGCAUCGCUCAGCUUCGCCACCGACACCUAUCACUGAUGGGAUGAAAAGGCUGCUAUCCUGCUGGAGUCUUUUGUUCAUGAGAAUAAGUGAUGGAGCUAUUACCCUGGUUGAACAUGUGUAGUCUAUUCUGGUUUAAAGAAAGUGGUUAAGCCCAAUUAGUUUUUUUACAUAGCUGAAUGUCACUUAUCUCCCUCUGAGAAGUUGGAACUUUGCGCCCUUAGGCCGCGUUGCCAUAGCAUAUUCAUGAUGAAGUAUGCUAUGAGGCUUCCUCCUGAGAAUUCAUAAAAGAAAGCAUAAAAGCAUAAUGCUUAUCAGAUAGGUUAGACUGUGCUCAGCAACCCAGAAAAGACUUCACCAGAGAUACCCCUUCAUCACCCCCUCCCCUAUGUUCCCUAUCUGUGUGCCAGCUGUAAUAAAACACAAGCAGACCUGUUUGUGAUAUCACACAUCAAAGACAGAGUGAGUAAAGUAGCACGGAGACUCAUUUCCAUACCCUUCUAAAGCAAUCUGGAGAAUCUGUCUCUGGCUAAUGUAACAGCCAUCAUUACAGCAAUGUAAAGGUGGAAAUGAGAUUGUGUUUUAUUCCAGUGAGGUGCCUGAGAGGUUUAUUUAGAAGCAGAAUUUCUCUUCGUUAGCUGCGUAUUAGGGUUAAUGCACGGUGGAGUAGAAACACAAUGGGCAAAUCCCAAAUUAAUAAAACAUUAUUUGUAAUUGUGAAAUGUAUUUCAGACUGGAGAAAGUGUCUUACUUACACGAUAAGUGCUGCCCAUUGUUGAAGCAGCUUGGUGACUGAAUCAUAUUCGAGAAUGACUCAGCGGCACAUUCAGUUUUGUAGUACAAAAUAAUGAAAAGGUGAGUCACACGCCUGUCUUAUGCAUUGUGAAAUUUAAUUUCAGCACCUUAAGCUUUAAUGGGAGUGUGUGAUUUACCCAACGAGCACAAAUUGGCUGCUGCCCGUCACAACCAUUUACUAUAUAACACCUGUUAAAAUAAAUUGCAAUUCAUACACUCUUCAUUAGAUUACAUAGUGUUUGUUUUGACAAAUCCACCUGCUAGCCUUUUUAGUCUAACUGUGCUGUAAAUCAUAAAAGAUUGAGCUUCACGUCCACAUUGGUCUGGGUGGAGCUGCUGUGACUGGUGUGACUGGUUGUGUUGUCCCUUAUAAAAUUAUAAUUGAUAGAAUAACUAUAUUGUUAACCAUGAAUGUUGUUGGAACAGCCCAACACAGACAAAUUACCUUACCAUUUUAAAAUGGUAUGUCUUGUAGGUAGCUGAAGUUUCAAAUGCUUUGAUACACUCAGCUUUUGGCCACCUGUUUUAACAAAAUUCAGCCCCACCAGUAACUUCUGCUAUAAGGAAGUAUUAGGCCACACCUGUUAAUCUCUGGUACCAUUGCCACAGGUGAAUAAAAUCAAGCAACCAAUCUGUGCAGUUUGUCUUUUCAAAUGACCCAAUAUUUGAAAGAAAGACCUCAUCGAGUUUCAGUGUGGUAGUGUAAUAGGAUGCCAACUUAGCAACAAGUCAGUUUGUGACAUUUCUUCCCUCCUGGAUAUUCCAGCUAUAAGUGUUAUUGUUGCAAAGUGGAAGUGUUUAACAACCACAGCAACUCUGCCAUGAAGCAACAGAUCAGAUAAAGUCACAGAGCGGCGUCACUUAGUGCUGAGGCAUAUAAUAAUAACCUGCUGUCCUGAUCUUCUCUGGCAUUAACAUUAGCACAGAAACUGUGUACCAGAAGCUUUGUGGCAUUGGUUUCUAUGGAAAAGCAGCUCAUCUUGGUGUGUGUUAUGUGUUAAAUGUGUUAAUGUGUUAAAGACACAGUACUUUUCUUCAUAAGCUUUAGUGACAGCUUGUUUGGAGCUGAAUAUAUUUAAAUAUUAAUUAUUCUAGGAGUCCACACUUCUGAAAAACAGUCUGUUCCUUAUGUUCCCGAAAAAUAAUCAAUCAAUCCUUAAAGAUUUAACAUGUGACAACACAAAGGCAUUUUUUAAAGACAUAAAAAGUCAGACUGAAUUUAAAGCCACAUAAUAUGAGUUGAAACUAAAUGUAUUAAAAUAAAUGUAUUUCAUAAGCAUGUGUUUGAGCAAUAAAUUAAUUAUUAAAGCUGUUUUUUCUUUCCCACUUAAUUGAUUAAUGAGAUUGUUUCAGUACCAAACAAGAUUAAACUGUGCAUGUUGACAGAAAGCAAGAAUAAACGUUUAGGUGGGCUUCCCACUCUCUUUAUAUCAUUUAACAAGAAUGUCAAACAUUUAGAGCGCACAAACGAGAGGGAGGGCCUGAUUUCUCAAGGUAGCGUUAAAACUGAAAACAUUCUGGAACCGAAACAUUCUUCAGCACAUCUGUGGUUCAGAUAACCUAGCAUCCGAUUUUGCUGGUUACUACUUAUAGUCACUUAAAGAUUCUUGAAGAUCCAACAGAGUGACAAAUGACCUUGAUGUCUCUGAUAAGGCGGAAAAGAAUAAAGCCCUCUGGAAAGAGUGAACACUGUUGAACAGAAUGCACCAAGGCUGACUAAAUCUGCUUUCACAAGUCGGUGUCCUGUGUGGCUUUUGAGAAACCAAAUCUCACAACUUCAGAAUGCUAGCUGACACAAUACUUCUUAUACAUAUUGAACAUAGGGGUGUUGUCAUUUUGCCCUUUCCCGGGCUCCACAAAAAUUGGUAUGUCCUCCUCCGAGCUGUAAUCUUCUUGCUCUAAUGACUGACCAUCAUCAAGCUCAUCUCACGAGAGCACCAAGUGUGACUCCACUUCCACAGUUCUAAGUAAAAUCCUGCCUGCCUCACUCAGCCCAACAUUUAGUGUCAUGGGUGAUGUGACACAACAGCCCAGGUUUAAGUAAGCUUUAGGAGCACCGAAUGGAGUUGUUGUUUUUAAAGCUAGUAAUUUGUUAUUUUAAUUUAAUCAGAUCUGUUUCUGUUAUCUAGCUUUUUUAAUAUUAAUAAAAUAAAACUAAACUAUUUACCAAAAAUCCGUACAGAAAUGGAGUCAUUACAUUGCAUCACAUAGUUCUGUUAUCAAACCAGACCUGAUACUACACCAAAUUACACCACUACAGGAAAUAAAAAUCAAAUAAAUAAUAAUUUUGAACAAUGAAACAAUGCAACAUGUUUCUUUCAAGCACAAUACUUAAUUUUUAUUUUUUUUUAGAAAUCUAAGUAUCUAAACUUUUUUUUCUCAGGAGGAUAUUGAUGUAGAUGUAGUUCAGUUGCACUACUCCACAGGACAGCUAAUGUGGAUGUUUAGCCAAAGGGGGCAUUCUCUUAAAAACAACAACUGCAAGAGAUGCAGAGAAAACGAAAAGACCUAAACACAAUCUCUACAGGAAAAAAAAAAACAGCAGUGAAUGGCCAGCUCUCAAUCACAUUUGAGAGCUGCAUCCCUGGGGUGUGGUUCAAAUUAGAGGUAGGAGUGUGAGGCGAGCCAAAGAAAACGGCAGGUGAAGAGAGAAGAAAAUGAAACAGCUGUGAAGGCUGGCAGUGCAAGUGUUUGGCAGGAAGAGAAAAAGAGAAAGAAAAAAGGCACUUGAACAAAUGCUCAAAUGAGAAGUGAGAGGGGGGAGAAAAAAAAGUCCACAAGAGAGUCAAAAUGAAAGAAUAACAGAAUUCCUCCCAGAUAAUUUCUUCAAAAGAUUUCCUCAAGGAAGAGCUACAGCCUGGAUUAAAUUGUUAAAGGCUUGGUGGGAAAAUAUACUUGCAGCUCAAUUCUGUUUUCCUGUCAAGUCCAAUAUAUCAAGGCCACAUAAAAUUAUGGUGUCAGUGUUGUGAAAAAUAGCCAUAUUUUUAACCAUCGUGUCUAGGAUGUUUUACUUCAGCUUGCCUUAUACCCAGUGGCAAGAAUGGCAAGCUUUGUUUAUAAAAGCUGGCCCCUUUGAGACUGAAUGUAGUGGGUUAAUUUUUUAAAGUAUUAUACUGCUACUGGCAUACUCAAGUAAAAAGAAAAAGAAAGAUAACAAAUGGAGAUAAUUCAUCUAGUACUUGUGUCUGUUUAUUUUAUUUUUUAUUUACUGGCUAAAACUGGCUUCUGGCAAAGGUAUGAGACUGAAGAGCUGCUUGAUUCAGUUUUGUUUAUUAGAGUCUGAGGAAAAAGUCAAUCUAAUUAAAUAGAACUAGGUGGCUGAGACACAAACAAUGCAGUACUUUCUAUAUUUAUUGUGAGAAGAAAGUUAAGCACUCUUUAUAGAACUCUUUGUUAACUAAAAAGCUUUAAUGUUGUUGUUGUAUCCUCACCUCAGCACAAAUAUAUUGAAAUAAAAGUUAAGUAAUUUUGCUUGUCUAGCUUUUUUUAGUUUGUUGGAUGAGAUUUAUGUGGCAAUAAUUGAAGAGUGUAAUUCUGCAGGUGCAGCAGAUAUUUCAGUAUAAUCAUUACUGAGCUCUCAUCCUUAGCAACAAAAAUAUGUGACUUUUUAGCUGGUUAAAUGUUGCUACUGGAGAACAUGGUGCUCGUACUUAAAGUAGUGCUUCAGGUUGUUAGCAUAGCCCAACGUGAAUUUGUUCACUCUAUGAACUAAUUAGGCAUUUAGCUUAAGAGGGAAUGCUUACUGCACCACUCUGUAUUCAGUCUAUUUAGGCUGAUCGCUGUUUUGCUUCAUCGUUUGGAAAUACUCCUUUAGCACUACUGCGAAAAACAAAAUAUUGGUGUCUGCUAUUCGUCGCAUCACCUGUCUACAUCAAAAAAAGACCUUCAGUCGGAAGCAAAUGUUUUCAUGUUCUGCUGGCAUUUUUCAUCUGAGAUGGCAGCUGCUCUGAGAUACCAGUGAUCACUGUGUCACAUCACUAAGCAACAUAUUUGCUGUUUGUUGUGACAUACUUAUUUUCAUGAGUUGUGUCUGUCUUCAGUUGGCAGUGUCAGAAAGUGUGUGUGUGUGUCAUCUAUAUAUUACUCACUACUGAUACAUAGUUGAAGAAAGGAAUAAAGGCAACUUCGGGAUGAUCUUAAGCUGUUUUAAUGCAUGCAUUACAGUUUUUUAAGCGUUACACAAUAGAGGUACCAGUGAAAAUUUAAACGUCUGAUGCAUUUGGAACGGACAUUAAACGGUCUUUAACCUGCCAGCUCCCUAUAGUAGAAAGUCUGCAUGAUGUCUGAUUCUGCCAAUUUGUGCCAGUGUGUGAAUAGCACAUGUAAUAGUCCAAUGAAUUCACAGCGAGCAUGAGCAUCCUGUAUUUUGCCACCUGUGCACUCUGUUCAGACAGCACCUUCGCAUAAACGUGUCAUCGGCUGUGUGCUCCAUAUGAGAGUAACUUAUGACGUUGUCCCCGAGUUGUGUAAAAGAAAAACACUGUAGAGAAAGAAAUAUAUGUUAAUUAUACAAAAAUAAAUAAAAUAAUAAGAACAGUAGUGAUACUUUAUUUAUUAAACUCGCAGCGACUCUACUCCCGCUGGACUCAAUUUGUUCGAGGUCUUCCCAUCAGACAGGCGGUUCAGAGCUAUCUACACACAGACAAAGAGGCUGAACACACAGCUUCUUCCCCAAAGCUGUAACACUGAUGAACUCUGUCUGUAAAUAAUGUGGAGUCUCAAUGUGCAAUAUUCUUCUGUUAAAUUCUGUAUGUUUACACCCCUCAGAUAUAUAUGUAUAUGUAUUUCAGUCUGUAAAUACCUCGUAACUGUUAUCAGAAGUAAAGUGCAAUAUUCUCAUUUCCAAUCUCUUUGUAUACAUCCUUCCAAUAUGUGCAUAUAUUCAUAUGUAUUUCAUGUGGUUCCAUAAUGUAGUGCUUUACACAUCUGCCUAACAAGUGAAAGAUUCCUGGGAGACACAAAUCCCGUUGGGGUUGCAUCAGGAAAGACUUCCGGUCUGAAAACCUGCCAAACAUGCGGAGGUAUCUGCUGUGGUCGUCCUUUGCGAAUAAGGGCGCAGGCGAAAGUAGAUUUAUUUAUAUAUUUUUAAUCAUUUUCUAAAAGUGUGCAAUCAUUUUACAUUCUGUCUAAUUCUGCUGCUGAUGCACUCAAAUCAUUAAAAAGGACUCCUAUUGCCCUUUUUAUGUAAGUAUUUUUUAAAAAUUAUACAAAAUUACCACCUCUAAUAUAAUAAAAACAUAAAUGCUAUGCUUUUCGUACGUGUCAGUAUUUAUCUCUCUUUGAAUAUUAUGCACCGAGCAUUAUAGCAUUAUUGUAAUUUUGUUUUGAAGCAAUAAUAAAAGUAUUCUAAAGAUAUAUUAAAAGUAUUAUAAAGAGUUAUUGAUUGUGAUGUGAAAGAUUUUAUGUAUGUACCCUUGUGGCUGCCUGCCCAAUGCUUGGUGCAGAGGGUGGUUAGGAUUAUCCAUGAUGGAUCACAGUCUGUGACUUCCUUUCCACCACAGCUUCAGAAGUGUUCUGUUUUCAGCCAGCCUCCCUUCCAGUUUAUACAGUCUGUUUAUGUCACUAGUCCUGAUGGUGCUCCCCCAGCAGACCACAGCAAAGGACACUGCUCUCUUCACUGACAGAAAACUUUGCAGCACAUAUUGAAGGAUUUCAGCUUCACUGGACAAAUCAAUGAGCAGUCAGUGAAUUUAAAACUAUUCAUAUUAUUUAAAGCAUUAAAAUAUUAUGAAUAAUAAAAUAAAAUAAAAUAAAAUGUAAUCAGUACCCGGUUAAAACUGCUAUAAUAAACAUGCAUACAUACAUUUCAAAAAAUACUUCAGUAUUUAAAUGGUGCCAUUAAAAUGCACAUGCGUAAUUAUGUGGAAUAUAAUUUGGUUUGGGGGUUGGGAAGGGACUUUUACCCUCUGACAGCUGGGAUGGGCUGGAACUUGGCCCAGCUGUCACAGGGUGAAAGGCGGGGUACACCAGGCCUCCAGUCUAUUGCAAGGUUGACACACACAGACAGAUAAUCACUCGCACGCACACAUAUGGGCAAUUUAGAAUCAAGGAUUAUCUUAACAAGCAUGUUUGUAAUAGUAAAUUCAAUAAUUUAGUUUAGUGAAAGGGACUAUUCUAUUUUAUGUAGUAUUUAAUAUUUGUGAUCUUAAUUGAUAAAGAAUAGAUUGAUUGAAAGCAGAAAAUAUCUUUCGCUGCAGACCUGAGUGUCAUUAAAUUUCGGAUUGAAUCUCUUUCUCAGUUUAACUGCUGCUUGAAAAAAUGUCCAUACCCUUACCAAGUUGAAGCUGAUCACACUGGAUAAAAAAAUAAAACUAUUGAGAAAUUAAAAUGAAUUGUGGGAAUGGUCAUCAGCUGCCCAAACAAUAAUUGUCUUUCUGCUUUGUUGUAACUGUUAACACUGACAGAACACCAGAGAUGCUGAGUAAGAGUGGUGCCCUGCUUAUAUGUGUCCUUGUUUUCUCAUGUGAAUUGAGACAAAGUCAAACUGGUCAUUAACACCAUUGAUCUUUUUUUUAAGCCAGGAAAUCAUGAUCGACUUGCUGCUCUCCAGCUGAUUGAGGUUGAACUGUUCGUCUGGAUGGCUGCUCUUAAAUCUUAGGUGUGUCCUGCAGUGUCAUGAAAACAUAUAGGGUUCUAUUGUGGCGUGCCUAUAAGGUUUAUAUAUCAAGCUUUGGUCAUUAAAAAAAAUACUGUGCCUGGAUGUGAGUAAUUGUAAGUGAGUUGUGAUUUAGCACCAGUGGACACCCUGCAGAGCAGUGUUGUUGGAGUCUGCGAGUUUCCCUUCAUUUCCUCGCUUCUUCCGUUCCUUCAUCCCUGCAUUCAUCUCUCAUGUGCUCCCUUCAACCUUCCCCCUCAAAGCAGAGCCUGAUUCAUUUUCUCAGUAACAGCCUCAGUUCCCUGUGAUUUAUAUGUUUAUGGUCAUUACUGACGUUGAGUAAUACAUUUCCGUUUUUUCGCCUCUUCUCCGUCUUCCCCCAUCUCUCGUUUGGCAGAGCCCUUGGGUCCUGCAAGGAAUAUCAAUUACUGUGUUUCUGUUUAAUCACAGUCUUUCGGUUCCUCGCACGGCACCACUUUAAGGCUGGAAAAAAAGAAAAAACAAGUUUUGUUCUUUAAGGUUUCUGCUGGUUAAUAGUGGUUUUGACAAGGAUUAAAUAAAACAGCAAAGACUAACGGCCUUCUUGCUCAUUUCUUCAAAGCACAGGGAUACAAUUUACUUUCAUUAGCAAUAAACUCUCUUCUGUGACUGGUAGGAAUUUCUAACUGGUUAUUUUGAACAUGACUUAUAACAUUUACUGUCACAACUGCACCAUAAGCUAAGAGCAUGAAGUCAUCUUUGUUACUAAGACCACAUUCAUGCUAUAGUCUUUCCUGCUUGAUUCUGAAUUGCAGCUCUUGCUUGCUUUAUUUUGGAUGACUGAUUGUGUCUAUUCCAGGAUGUGACCCAUAUCUGAUACCAUGUAAACUGACAGCAGAGUCAAAAAAAUAAGCAGAGAGCAGCUGUAACAAAGAACAUUGCAAUCUGUCUUCUUACCCUUUGUUCUUCUACCAUUUGUUUCAAGCACAUUUCAGUUACAGUGGAUGCACUUUCUGGUUUUAAAUUAAGAUGUCUAAAAUAAAAACAAAUGUGCUGUUUUGCCCCCUUUUCACAUUCCAGUGUCUCAUUUUUAUUCAGUCAUGCUGUCAAGGGUGCCAAAAUGGUGAAAGAUGCACAUUAUAUCCGUUUAUUUUAAAGAAACUCUCAAGUAUAAAGUGAAAAAAAAGAUUCAACAAGAGUAUGUAAGUAAAUAUUUUCCUAUCCCAAGUAUAUACUUCUUUUUUCUGUUAUACAUUAGUUAAUUUCAUGUUAGUUGGCCAGAAAAUGAAAAUUGUAAUAUGUAAUUAUGGCAUCUACAGACUCAGGAAAAUUGUAGAUUAGCUGUUUGUGAAAAUAAACAGUACUAGUAAGUGUCAGCUGCAGCUGUGAAGAGCACAGUAACUUCCCGUUCUUAGCAAGUGUUUGCCUUUCUGUUUGGGUUAACAAAGCUGUGCCAAAAGGAAGAACUGGUCAUGCUGUCACUAUGACAAAGGUGAAAAUAACCCUGGCCAGCUAUUUACUAUAAUUCACUAUCUGGAGUGAAGAACUUUUAUUUUUUUGUUUUUGCUUGUUUUAGUCAAACAACAGCAAGGGACGAGAAGCUGGGUGCUUUCAGUACAGUAUUGCCUGCAGGGAAUUUAUCAGCUUUUGGUGGAAUUGUAUUUAUUUUACUUUAAAAAAGAUAGAUAGACAGACAGAUAGAUAAAACAAGAUGCUAUUUAGGGAAUACAACUAUCCAAACCUACCUAGCCAUGUGUGAAAAAGUAAUUGCAAACAAUUCCUCCACAGCAAUGUGAAAUGAUGUUCACCAGUUAUUGCAAACACUUGAUAGCUGCCAAGGGUGGCACAACCAGUUAUUAGGUUUAGUAGGCAAUUACUUUUUUCACAUAGGGUGAGAUUUGGAUAGGUUUAGUUCCUUAAUAAAUUAAGUCAUAUUUUAAAACCUAAAUUUUGUUGCAGAACUAACCUAUAAAUUAUUUGAACAAAAAAGGGCUCCUAACUCAAGAAAAAAGUUAGGUGCCUUUUCAAGGGAUGAUCCACUUCACACAAUAGACAAAUAAAAAAUACAUAUUUUUAAAUUGUAUCUUUAGGCACUUUGUUACUAGCAGCUUGUCACAAAAACACAUAAUUUGUUUCCCGUUCUUUAGUUAAAUCUAACACAGACAACCCAGAAACAACACCUUUUGACAGGCAUAAAAUAGUGUUUUUCUAUCAGUAAGGUGAUUCUCAAAGAACUGUUACCCAGAAACCUGGCAUAAUUCAACAUGAUGUGCAAAAUGUCCUUAGAAAACUGCAGGAAUUGAACAAGUGGAGGACAAAACAAAGAAGUGACAGGCUCAAAAACUUUUUUACAGCACAGAAACCGUAUCUAAAAGUUUUGUCCUUGAGAAACAGGAAAAGAAAAAAUCAAGAAAAACUUGACACAGUACCUGAGCGAUGCAUCUGGCCUUUCAGGUGAUCCAUCUACUAAUUCCUGAAGCCUCAUCAGAAAUGGUUGAGUAAAAGCAUGCCUCUUUUCACAUAAGGAAGUGAAAAGAGAGAAAAUGCUGAGGUAAAUUAUACAGGAACUGGGCUUAACUGGGCACCUCUGUCAUGGUUUGGGGCCACAUUUUAACCAGUGGUUUUGGAGAUCUUGUCAAAACAGAUGGAACUAUGAACGCAGAAAAUGUAGGUAAAAAAUGCACUUGAAGUGACAUACUUGGCUUAUAUGUUUCUCAUUUUGGACAUUCAUUAAAUCUUUGCGCCUAGGUGCUGGACAAGCAGCAUCAUUAGUGGUAAAAAUAUAUAUAUAUAUUCUUCCCUAUAUUUUUAUUCAAGAUUGUUUAAGAUUGUUAUGUUAUAUAACAUAUCUGGUCAUCCCAUAAAUUCUAGAACAAUAACUAGAAUUUACUUACAAUCAGUUUGUUUGAGGGCUAAAGCACUGAUUCAUGCAAAACAUUAUUCCUGAAAUUCAACUGGAGCAGGUUAGUGACAGAUGUGUGGCUUAAGUAUACUGCAGUGGCAAUUUCCUAAAUAACAUCACUCAGCUCUUCCCAGAAAUUGACUCAGUCAUUUGCAGGAGGCUGAUGUCACCCCCCAACAGUAUUUACACAUACACAUCAGCACAUUGUCAGCAUACUGACUUGCAGUCAUUUGAUUAGCAGAGAAAAGGUUUCGGGAGGUAUAAGGCUCCAGCGAGAGCAAAGUCAACCACCUCAUUACUGGCUCCUCGUCAACUACAUCAAAGUAGCUUCCCAGAGUCAUUCACUUGAAAGUUGGUGGUUAACACCGGCUUUACACCUCUUGAUGGAAAAGAUGCUUGGGUUUUUCAUUUGGUUGACUUUAUAUUUGGGCCCCACUGCAGCUACCUUCUCUAUAAUUUUCAGCUUUCUCAGCACAGAGCUCUAAUGAACUGUAACUCCCCAUACAGUAUGUCCUUUUUUUCCUCUUUGAAUUUAUUUAAUCCAGCCAGGUAGCAACCUGCAGCAUUUAUCAAAGAGGACUGAGACACUAUCCCUUAAAGGCAGGAUUUAUUCCCCUUAAGUGUCUUAAAGUUCACAGGAGUACAAUAAGUUUAUUUCCUUACAUAAAUAAUAUAGUGCAGAGACAUACUGAAAAACAGUCUUGUUAACGUAGAGGUUGGUUGGGUAAAUCAAAAUCUACAUAAGCCUUGAAUCAGUAAGAUUGGUGAAAUAAAGCGUAAACAAAAUAUGACCAAUUUUCGGCUCUCAGAUCCUUUAUCCAGUGGGAGAAAAACAUACCGCAUAAGGAGCUUACUCUAGAGGCGGAAGAAAAACUAGAAAAAGAAAGAAAUAACGAAGAUGCAAGUAGCUCUGUCCUUAUCGCUAAGAUAACAGAGGAUGCUUUUCUUCCCUAAGCUGUGUUUUCACGGAGGAAUUUCUCCACUGUGAUGCAAACAUCAUCUGGCUUGUAAAUUGGGCAUGGAGGUAUAAUACCAAACUACUUGAGGCUGUCACUGCAGCUCCUCGGGACAUAGUUUAAUGACUGCCCCUUGUUGAUGUAGAUGCCAUGUGGCUUUACUCUGAAAGUACUGUUUUUCUUUCUUUUUUUUUAAAGUUUUAUUCUCUUCCCUCCAUUUGAUGUAAAUCCACACACGUGUAUUUUUUAUGUCUGUUUUUAUAUUAUCUAACACUGACUGCCGGUGUGAACAGAAACGUGCAUGUUUGAACAUGUCGUGGCCAAACACUUUGAGCUAAAAGAAAUUAAAAAUGAUUUUUAAAAUGCAUCAGCAAAGUGAGAGAGUGAGAUGGCAAGAGAGCAGCAACACCAAAGAGGAGAAACAUUACUCUGCCAUAAUGAAAUAGAAGUGACCUUCCAUCUUUCAGUGUUAGCUGUCUCAGCUGCCUGAAUUAACUUUUCCCAUCAUUCUCACUUCUCUGAUGUAAACGGCAUACAUGCCACAGCACAACCUUGCACUCUCAUGUUUAUUAAUUUCCUUCGGCAAGAGGUGCGCUAAAUCAUUGACCCUCUUUCGGUGCCUCGUACUCCAGCUGAGCAUGGGAACGAGAAGGGCGUAUUGAUUUUGCCCCCUUCUAAUCAGCCGCUAGGCCCUUAUUUGGGAUGGGGAAAUCUCAUAUAGUGAGCGCCUGUCAGCACCUGUCCAGAUACUAAUCUUCACCAGUUGAUGGCUCUCUAAUCUUUUCACCAUGUACAAGGCUGAGGGGGUAAAUGUAAAGUAUUAAAUGUCACAUUAAUUCUUUGGACAUCCUCCAGAAGAUAUUUGAUCACUCUUUGGAUAUGGCACUGUAAGCAGUGUAUGCUUUAAUUUUUUGAUGGUAAAGGAUAUAAUGAAAGCGUAACACGUUUCUCUCUUAAUAACUGAAUCCUUGGCAACAAGCCUAACUCUUUUAAUACCUUUUUUUAAUUGUUUUUUAAUUGCUCAAGUUACCCUGCAUUUCUUUUCUGUUUUCCUCUCAUACUGAAUGUAACUGCAAUUAAAGCACAACUAUUCCCUUGUCAACUUGCCACCAUAUUUCCAUUUUAUGAUGCUGUUUUUUGUCUGAGGCAUGCCUAGAAGUUAGAUUUAGAAGAACAAACAGCUGUACAGGGAUAGCCUCAUUAGGACACAGAGGUUUGUUGAUUAAAAUGUGACUCAAACCUUCCACCCACCUGCUUAGGGAAAUUGAUAUGCCUUCUGCAAGACAUGCAAAUUUAGGACCUGGCAUUAUGUUUUAAAGAUAGUAGAUCCUGUAAUGCAAUAUGCUGAUUAGUGAUGGUCCUGAUAGAUGGAUAGCUGGGAGAGUUAGAAUAUAAAAGCCUUCAGGUCUAAGGCUGCUUAACAACCUCUUUGUGGAACUGCAGAGAUCAAAAACGGUGGUUGUUGCUACCCCAAUUAGCCAAACCAUCCACGUCCUUGACAAAUUUUUCAUUUUACUAGAAGAUACAAUAUAAUCCAGUUAGCAAAUGAACGAAAUCCAAUCUUGUUUUAAAUGGUGAUGAGUGUGUCAGGCUCCUGUGAGUGUUGGCUCUCUAAGUCUUGCAAAUAAAUUGAGGUACCCUCAAUAAUCUAGUUACUAUAAACUCCUCCUUGGAGCACUUGUCAUAUUAUCUGACAUGACAAAUAGAUCCAAGCUGAAGCAUCUAGCUCCCACCUUCUCCCUCACACUGCUUUUGCUCCCCACAGGCCUCCCUCCUUCCCUUUUUUCCCCACCAGUUUCCCCUACCUUGCUCCUGCUCUCCAGAGGUGCAGAAUACUAAACUGGGUACACAGAUGCACCGGGUCCUUACACUGAGAUAUUCAUGUGUGAUUGCAACAGCUGAAUCUGGCCUCAGUUGACAGCCCAUCAUCUAUGGCGGAAUAGAAGUGGAAAAGGAGAAAAUGUUUGUUGGCUGCACAUUUUGUGGCAGUGUUGGAGUAGCUGUUACAUGUGUGUUUCCACACGUCUCUGUAUGAGAGACUGAAAGCUGACAGGGGAAAAAAACCCUCACUGCUUUUUUACAGCAUGCAUGUGCCUGCUUUCAAAAAUGCAUUGAUGUGUUGAACACUAAUGUGCCCCACAAUAUCUGUGUCCUGCCUCGCUUGCUCUCUGGCCUUGGUUAAAGCAGCAUUGUGUGUUCCAGCUCAUGAGUGAUUAAACUGAGUGCCAGUGCGAGCUGCUGAGCUCUGACUCUGACUCACACAAUGAUAAUUUUAGCAGCUGACAUAAUGGUGUUACUGUGUUAUCAUUAAAGUCAGUGGCGAUAGAGUCAAAAAGAAAUUUCUAAAGAUUUAGUGGAAUUUUUUUCUUUUAAUUGCAAUGUUUAUUGUUCUUGUUGGUUUUCCAAUCUUGUGUUUUUUCAUACUUCAUUUGCAUUACAACUGAAAAAUGUGCAAAUAAUUACCUGCACCAUCUGCCAAGCACUCAAUAUGACCUCAUAAAGUUCACACUCUGUGUCACAACAACACAAUUUUUGUAGUUAUGGAUUUAAAUCAAACAGUCAAUAUCUGAGUGAAGUGCAGGCUGUCGGUUAUAAUUUAAGGGGUUUUACAAAGAUUUGGCAUUAACUGUUUAGGAAUUACAGUCAUUUUUAUGCACAGUUCUCCAUUUUCAGAGGCUUGAAAUUAAUUGGACAAUUGACUGACAAGCACUUUUGUGACCAGCUACCUUGUUGUUUCAUAACAAACAAAGCAGAUAUAAUGUCUGAAGUCCAUUCACAGUGUUGAAUUAGUAUUUUUUAAGGUUUUUGCUGUAAGUUUAAAUAUAAAGUCCAAAGAAUAGUGCAUAUCUUUAGGUGUAAAUAAGUAAACCUAUGAACAAGAUAGCAAAAACGUCGGGAGUUUAAAAUUCAACUAUCACGGUCAUCGUUAAAAAGAAUGAAUACACUGACCAGCUCAGCAAAACCAAAAGGCUUGAAAGACUGCAAAAGAUGACAGAAUUCAUUACUGGAUAGUAGACUAGAUACUUCACAGCAUCCAGUUGAGUCAAGAACCCAGUCUCAGGGAUGUAGGCAUAUUAUUGUUAAGGCCUACAGUCAAGGCAAGUCAAGGCCUUCAUGAAUGUAAAAUAAGGUGCAAACCACAGGUUACACUCAAGAACAAGAAGGGCAGAUUAAAAUUCUACAAGACCCUGCAUAGUUCUGAAAAAAAUAUUUGGACAGAUGAAACCAAGAUUAGCUUUCACCACAAUGAUAAGAAAACACAUUAUGCUCUGUUUCAAAUAGACAGAUAAUGGAGGCAAUGUUGGCACUAGUGUUUAUUGAUCAUGUGACUGGUGAUAGUUAGCACAGGGCUACAUUUUCUGAUAAGAUUGAACCAAAAUGCUGCAAUGACGAUCAUACAUUCUUCACAGUGAAUAUGGAGGAAAUCUAAUUUGGUGAUGUCCAUAGGUUCAGGCAGUAAUUGACCAUCAAUGAUGCUCAUCUAAGUAUUAAAUCCUUGUAUUUAAAAUUAUGUCCAGUUACUUUUAAUCCUGUGAAAAUGCAGGACUAUGUGUCAAAAUGACUGUGAGUCCCAAACAAACUCUGCAUUUCAAUCACAUAUUGAUUAUUUGAUUUGUCUUUGUCCAACAAUUUUAUGGAUCUAACUGUAGGUGACAGCUAUUGUAGUAAUAUUCUGUCGGUGCUGUGCUUUUGGAAACCGAAUUUCCCAGAGGAACCCACCUGAGGGAUUAAUAAAGUUUUAUCUUAUCUUAUCUUAAUGGCCACAGAAAGGGGGAAAAAAAGAGGAAAGAAAAGGUUAAACUGAAUAUGUAUGAUAACAUUCGAAUAUAUCUAAUUUGCCACGAGUUUGAGCUGAAAUUGCUGCAUUUUUGAAAAGCUGUGAAUCUGCAUUAAUGAGUUAGACUUGCAGUUUUCCAUAAUUUAUUGGCUUCCAAAAAAUCUGCUGGGGAAAACUUCACAGAGUUAUUUUGAGAAAAAAAAUAUAUUGCCAAGCUAACUCCUUGCUGUUUCUGAGGGCUUCAGUCACUACCAUCUCCUUUCAAUCAGAGCAAAACCAAGAGUGUUCAUGCUGUGUCGCUUGAAGGAAAUUUAAGUCGCAAUCCAUACUGAGUUUUGAGCAACUAAAGUCUUAUUUUAGAGCAGUGUGAAAUUAAUGACAUUUGUUCAGCAACCAUAAUGAAAAUCUUUCGCUGACAACCGAGUUUCUAGCUGAAUGUUUUUAACAUUUUUUUUCCCAGACUUUGAAAAAAAGUAAUGCUGCGUAUCUGGGAAGGAAGCAAGACAGCAAAUGUCAUGAUUGUCACAUAAUUCCUGUGAAUUAUUUGCAUUGGUGUCAGACUGCAGUAAUGGCAAGACAGACAAGGACACAUUAUGUCUGAGCCAGAGAAAAUACCCCAGACUUUCAGACCACAACCUCAGCAUAUUUAUGUGAUAUACAUGCAAGAUGACUUCAAAAAUAAGCGUGAUUGGCUAUUUAAAGGCUUUAGUGUGGACUAAAUCGAUGCAUGCAUACCGAGCGAGUUUGACAAGCACUUUUUGGUACUUAUGAAAUGAUGCAGAUGGAGGUCUUCAACGCAGACUGACUAAUCACUGAUAUUAGCCUUGAGAUCCCAAAGCUGUGUGAGUCUGGGUGUGCCCUGAUGAAUUUGCUUCAUGAAAAUGCCACCAAGUGACAUAUUUAAACCAUUCUGCUUGAUAACUGCAUGCCUCUUGGCUCUUGUGUUAAAAGGCAGCCUGCUUACCCUCUGGUACUCAUCUUUGUAACACUGGGACACAGACGGGGAAAGGUAAAACUAGGAGAGCGAUGAGAUAGAAUCAGAAUGAAUCAAACAGAGGUAGAACGAGCACAGGCUGACUCAAAAUGGUUGAAAAGGAGAAACAGGAGACAGAGGAGACUUCAGCGCUGAGGUAAUGGGUUAGUCUAAAGUGAUAAUCACAUUCAGAGGGAACCUGGUGCCACAAAAAAGAGAGCAAGACAAUCAGCGAGCCACAAUUAUUGCCCUCUGACCCAGCUGCGUUUGAUAUGUCAAUCAAAACCAGAGGGAAAAGGAGGCUCUCGUGCUCUCGACUUUGAUCUGAACAGGCUGGUGCUUCUAUGAAUUCCAUUGAUUUUAAAAGCAAACAUAUGAUGUCUUUAUUGAUUCCAACUGUCUGCUCCUGUUAAAAUCCCAUCUGGCAUCCAUAUACAGCUUCAAUCCAGCGCUAAUUGCUCGACCUUAACAAUUUAGCUUUGUCUGUGUCCAUUUCAGUCUAGUCUUUUUUUUUCACAUUUUAAGUACUUGGCAGCCUGGCUGCUGCCAGCUGCAUAUCAUUAUUAGAUACCCGCCACUACCUAGUGUGAAUUUCAAGCAUGUCAUAAAUAUCAACACCACUUGAAAUGCAGGGCCGUCACUGCCACAUGGAGCUCACUCUCGUAUGAACAAAUAUUUGCCGGUGUCUUUGAUUUUGGUCUGCAUCACAAUGAAAGCCCUCUUCAGAUUGUCCACUGAGCAGCAACCUCUUCCUUCCUUUGUUGUCUGCAUUGCUUCAUUGUCAGCGUGUAGUCCAAGGAGCUGCAGUUGAAGGGGUGAAGGGGAAGAGAAAUAGUCAGAAGAAAGUAAAACUCAGAGCCAGAAGGGACCUCUCUUUGAAGGCUUUAGUUGGCACUGAUGCUGUGUCGAAAGUGAGGUGGGCUGUGGGCUGUUACAGGCUAUAUACAUCGACUUCAACUGAAUUGUGUUCCACCUUCAUCAUGGUUGUUGCAGACUUGUGUGUGCAGCCCCAGUUUCCAUGUUACACUUUUUUCCCUGCUUCACUUCAUAGAGUGAAAUAGACUUGCUCGUGUAAAUGGAUUCCUAUAUGUACUGGCAGGUGAAUAUGUACUGAUAAAAAACGAUAAGCUUCUUUCAGCUGCUCACUUAUUCGUGGAUGAUCCUCGUAUUUGAUUUGGCACAGUGGGUUGGAUCAGAAAGGCGAUUUGUGCCUUCUCACAGUCUCAAACCGGGGAUCUUUUGCACCUUAGUCGAAUGCAUUCACUUUCAAUAUGUAUCGUUACUAUAUACCCAGGGUGAGCUUAUAUGCCGCAGUAAUGCACAAAUGUAGGCAGCAGACUGUUCCAGACUGCUCCCCCUGCUCUAAACUUUUGAGGCACAAAUAUUGUAGGUUACUGUGUGGUCUUGUUUCCUAACUGUGAGUCACAAAGUGAACAAGAGAGUGGGAGGAUGGGACAGUGAUACCACAGGUUUCUGUAGGCCAGAAAAAUACACUGGGUCAGAAGUAGAGAGAUGCUAACAGUUACAGACACCCUUUUUACAAAGCAAACAUUCAGUGACCUAUAAUUGUGUAACAGUUAGUUUGUCCAAUGACUACAGUGUCUGAUUUUCAUGGUUUUCAUAUAGAAAGGUGUGGAGGUGUGCUGAAUCAGAAAAAAAAAAAUCUGGUAUGCAGGUGUAAUAAAAUUCCCUGAUGCUAAAACAACUUUCAAACACUGACGAUUUUGUAAGGGGGCGAUUGGCCCUGCGUGUCGAAUGGAAAAACCAAACACACAGUAAACUGAAAAACAGCAGCUCCCACAUUUCGUCUCAUAAAAGCCCAUUAGUCAGCACCCGUGAUUGUGAGGCCACCAGUGAAUCUACAACCUCCCCGAAUCUGCUCUUAGAUGACGUCAGGUUUAAAAGACACGGCUUGUUAUCUAUUAAUAUUGUGUCAUUAUGACUUUUGCCUACAAAGGCUGCUUUAAUCUUCUCGCUUAUCUUCUCAGUGUAGUGCAGUGUAGUGCCUUCAGUGUAUUUAUUCUGAGUUAUUGCUGUAGUAGCCAAAUCACAUAAUCGCUAUAUUUGAUUAUUAUUGCUAUAUAUUUUAUUUAUUUUACUUAAAGUAGACCUGGCAUGCUUGGUUUCACCUCUCUAUUUUUUAUCAUUAAUUCAAUUAGUGUGGCUUUGCUUGAUUUACAGGUUAAAAUAAUCCGUAUUUGUCCUACACUUGGUCUUGGUUCUUCGCCUCGUUUAAUCCACUCAUUAAAACAAGCCAUUUUAGCUCCUUUCUCUUUAAUUCCACCUUUCUUUAAGUCACCAUUCUUCUGAUUUGCCAUCGCUUGAAAGCAGAAGGUAGUGAGUAAACUGUGUCCACUCUCACUUUCAGACACCCAAAGAUACACAUACACAUUUCCCAAAAUGUGUUUGUGUAUUUUACAAUGCUGUGUAAAGCUCUUGAGUCCUUCCUCAUUUCUUUAGAUUGUGUUAGGAAAAUUGGAAAUAGGUGCCCUGAGUUGUUGAAACAUGUCCAGAUAUACACAGAAACACAGUAUAUACAACAAAACACAGUUUGUAUAAUGGGCUUGAAAGUCAGCAUUUGGUACGACCACAUUGAUUCUCCAACACAUGAUCGGAGGCCCUUUUUUUCUCUGUUAAGAUGAUCCCACACUGCCUCGGUAAUGUGGAGGUAUUUGGUGCUUCGCUCUGUGUUUUUCUAUCCAGGUAUGCUUUUACUGCAUUAGCAGUGUGUUUGGGAUCAUUUUCAUGCUGAAACAUGAAGCUGUUGCCACCAGAUGGUAUUACAUGGUGAAUCAAAAUCUGAUGUCACUUUAUUGUGUUCGUAAUUCCAUCAAUUUCGACAAGCUCUCAAACACCACUGGGUGGAAUAAAGUCUCAAACUGUCACAGAGGCUCCACUGUGUUUUACAGACAGGCUGUAGACACUCACUGCUCUACCUCUUUCCUGAUCUCCUCUGUAUAUACUGAUGACAACUUGAACCAAAAAUGUCAAAUUUGCAUUCAACACUCCAUCAAGAGUUUUUACACUGGUUUUCAAACCAGGUCUUGUGUAACUUUGCAUACCUCAGCCUUUUCUCCCUGUUUGCCAUCUGAAAGAAUAGCUUUUUGACCAACACCCUUCCACUACGACCAUUUCUGAUGAGGCUUAGCUGAACAGUAGCUAAGGUGUUGGAUAAAAGGCUGGAUGAUCUCUCAGGUCCUGUGUCAAGAAAAUUAUUUUGAGAUACUGUUCAACAACUGCAAAUAGUUCUUUAAGUCUAUCACUUCUUAUAUAUUGCUGUGUGUCCAGUUUGCUCAAACUUUUUAGUACUCUGAUUUUUUCAGGAGAGACGUCACACCAUGCUAAGAUAUGCCAAGCAUUCAAGCUUCAGUAGCUUUUUAGUAAUAACCUUGUAGAUGCAAAAAUACUAUUUUAUGCCUGUCAAACUGUCAUUUCAUAUCUCUGGAAUUUUUCAUACACUGAACAAAAAAAACAGCAACAGAUUUGUUUUUUGCAACAGGCUGCUGAUAACAAAGUAUCAAAGGCACAAUUGAAAUGGAUAGACACAACACUGGUUCAUCUCUUGAGUUAGAUGCACUUUUAUGCUUUAAUGAUUUAUAGGUCAGUGCUUCAGUGAAUUAACAAACAAAAAAAAUGUUCCUCUGAAAAUAGUCUGGCACAAGAACUGGACUGAAAAUGAGAGAAAAAGCUGCCAAAGAAAAACUCUGAAAGACCUUAGAAACCCCUGAGAACGGUUGGUCGAGACCACUUUAAAAAUAAUACAAGAAAGUCUGGAAGACGUUUGGAAGAAAAAUAUGAAGAAAUGGAAGAAUCUUUAGAGUUUUCCAUCAUAGGUAGUGAUGGCAGGACACGUGCUAGCCUCAUGAGACUUUUUAAAAAAGCCAUUAUCUGUAAACAUGACUAAACUGCAUUGUCUCCUAUUGUGAGUCAAGCUCCGUCUAUCACAGAACUGAUUUUCCUAUUAUGAGUCGUACUGUAUGACAGGUCAUGAGGUUACUUUUAGCCACCUCUGCACUUUCAUAAAUGAGAAAUGUGUUGUUUGGCAACAGCAGCUCCCUUAAAAAAAUAGGUCAUUGUUCUCUCCAUAUUGUUUCCUCCGAGCAGAGGAGCUUCUUCGAAUAACACUAUCUCUUUCAGAUAGCAGUCCCCCCAGCUGAAAGGUGAAGACAGAAUAUUGUGUUAUAGAGAACAGCAUCAUUGCCUUUGGCCUUGGCGUCACUCUGCCCCAGCAUCUUGUGGGAAUGGACCAGCUCGGUUCUUGUUUACUCGUUCUUUGUUUUUCCUCCGCAUGCCGAAUCCAUUGAAUCUGACAAUAAAGCAGGAAUAUGAAUACUUGGAUAUUGAUUGAACACUGCCUCUGAGCAAGUAAUACUGUUGCUUUGGUGUGUCAGCUCUUUUUUGUGAUAUCUUUAUUUUGUCAUCUUGACUUUCCCCUCCUCUCUUCAAAGCCUGACUAAAGUCAGAUUAAUAAGGUUUACAUAAAUUAUCAGAACUCAUCAGACAUCAGUUCAGUCUGUCAGUUUGUGUGUGUAUAUGUGUGUGUGUACAUGUGUAGACAUCUUUAUGAGGACAGAAAAUUGGCAUGACGCUAUACUUGUGGGGACCUACAGUCAGUUAUGUGGACAAAAUGCCCAUCCCCACGAGUUUGAAGGCAUUUUUGAGGCUCAAAAUGUGAUUUUGGUGUCAGUGUUGCAAUUAAGUUAUGGUUAGGUUAGGUUUUGAUGGUUAAGGUUAGGGUAAAGGACUAUUAAAGCAUUAUGUCAAUUAGAUGUCCUCACGAAGAUAUGAAAACGAGUGUGUGAGUGUGUGUGUGUAAAGGAAAGCGAAAGUGCGGAUAUUUUCACUGCUUCAUGUUUUCUCUGUUUUGGGGUGUUUUUUUUAAAGCGGGUAUGUUUCUCUGCAUGUGUGAGUCCAUGUGUGUACAUGUGUGACUAUGCGUGUUCUGAGUAAUGGGCUUUGUGCAUCCUCUCUUGCUGACGGCUACGAUGUAUCCAUGGCAACGCCAGGUCGAUCCUAGCUGUAAGCGGAGCUGGUGAGAGGAACUUGAAAGGGAGCAUUAAAACCUCUCCUCUCAUCUGCCCUGCGCUCUUCUCACUCCGACAAUGGUGAAAUGCACGGCCUUGUUGAAAUCCUACCCCAGGGGUGUAUACUGUAGCAGUGACAGCGAACACUCGCACCUCAACACUGCCAUCUUUUGACCUGACACAAGAAUGUAUGGAAAUGUUUAUGUUUUGUUUUCAUUUGUGAAAACAUAGAGUUGGUUUCCCUGAAAAGUUAAAGUUAGAAAAACAAAAUCUCAGAAUGAGGGGUAUCUUUUUAAGAAUUAUUUCAGAAAUGUAAUGCACAAGAGACAAGAAGAAAUGUGGAGAGAUGGAGCAGUGAAAUAACAAGCCCCAAAGGUUUUAAAUCAGAUUUCAACUGGGCCCCACAUAUUGGCCAACCACUGAACCUGUUCGUUCAUUCAUUCAGAGAAAUUUAGCUGGAGCGUUGUCACAUUUUAGCUAUUCCAGUUAAAAUCUCACAAAGAGAAAGAAAGCAGAUAAUCCAAGGAAUGGCAUCGAUCUAAAAAUGUAAAAGAUAAAUAAAAAGUACUUUGGGCUUCACAGUUUGUAUCUUCUUGCUCUUAAAAUGUUGCCAAUCGAGUUUUCUGAUGCUUUGUGAUGACACCUUCAGCCCUGAGGAACAUCUACAGGAUGAGAUGUGCUGCUGUUGCCCUCUAGUGGAUUUCACAAACAUGAAGGAAUAAAACGACAUAAAAGGAGAAACAAAUGGUGAAAAAUGGAGCCAGACAAUCAAGAUGUAUCCAUUUUGAGGAAAGCAUAGUCGCCAGAACAAACACAGAUUUAUUGUAACUCUGUCAGUGUGGCUAUACUGAUGUAGACUGAGUAAUUAAAAUAUUUUGGCACACAAGGCUCAACUUAUUUUAUCCAAAGGGUCACUGCACUGCUGUUGCACAAUUUAAUUUUCUCCACAGUUUCACAACUUAGCAUUUCGUUCCAAAUCUAAGGCGUUAGUGUUUGUGAAUAUUCAUGCAGUAGUACUUCACUGAAUACCCAGAGACUUCAGCUGGGGGAGCUCCAUGACCUUCUUGUUAGGUCAGGUUUGAUACCGGAGGCUAUCUAGUGAUCAUUAAUAAAUAUUCAAGAACCACAGCCCAUCAGGGUCUGCUAUGUCAAGCAGCCUCCUGCAUAAAGCUGCAACUCUUUGUGGUUUGCUCUCUUAUCAUCAAUAGUUUGGGGGUUUGUUUUUUUCUUUUCUUUAGACAGUCUUCACAGAAGUCUUGUUCCUUAUCCACACUGUUCACUUGAUAUUUACAUUUCCUCCAAUUAAAUCAGACUGGCACAUUACGGUAAGGCGUUACGCAACGAAUCAGUUGAGGUAAUGUGUUUUGCAUUGGUUUUAGAGGUUUAGUGUGUCUAUUCCUUUGAAGUAUCCUGUGGUACCAUUAGGUGUAGGUUUUUAUUGUAAAGUGUGUUGUCAUCCCCCUAAAUGCAUCUACCAUUUCAUUUUCUGGCACCAACAUGUUUCUGAAAAUAAUCUCAGUUGUCUAAUGGAGGUGGAUCAAUACAGAUGGCUCGGUCUCAUACACUUCCUUUUCAUAUCACAACCAACACCACCUCUGGGAAUCUGCAUUUAUCACCAUAUUCAAUAAUGCGAGCCUCCAUCUGAGAUGUUUUUUCUCUCGCUCUCUCUUCACGACUUCUACAUAUUUGCUUUCAGUUAAUCUGCUUUCCACAGAACUGCUUGCAGCUAUGUGGGGGUAUGUAAUUUGAGUAAGAUCUGUUGAUAAAAUGAGGCAUUAGAUUGAAAUAACAAUGGGCAAAUGGAAGUCUUGAUUAAAUUCCUUGACUUCUCUCCUUGGUGUUUGCUAAUUUCUUGAGCUGGAAUCAGACGUAAACUGCCUACCUUCUCACUCAAAUUGUUCUUAAAGGAGCAUUUACACAUUAGCAGCAUCGUGCCUUUCUCUUUACUUUUAUUAAAAUCUUGAUUUGGUUUAAAGCUCAUCGCAAACACAAAUCCUACUGCAAUCCCACUGAUCUCUGCACUGCAUAUUCUAAUGACUGACUCUUUGCUUAGCUCCAGUUGUACUGUAUCUAUAAUACCUAGGUAUUAUUUCCGUUUGAUUACACAAUUGUGCUGAGAUCAUUUUAUUUUCAGAGGAUGAGUGAGUUCAGUCCAAACAGUGCAAUCAGCAAAAAUUUAUCAGCCUAUUCAGUGCUUUAGCUCUUACAUUUUCUCUCUCCCAUUGCAUCAACACUUCCUUUUUUUUCCUGUAAAUGGUGAAACUCUGCCCUAGCACAGUGACCUGUAGCCGGGCCCAGCGGGAGUAUUCUGUGUCCUAUACUUCUCGUGGCUUCACCUUCUUUAGCCUCCUCCUCCGUCCUCUUCUUCUUCUCUUUUUUCUUCACUCUUUCGAAAUUGUCUAAGGGUUGGAUCUGCCCCCAAGACAAAAGGACAAAUCCAAGCAAGGCAUCUCACUUCAUCUCUGAAUGGGUGUGGAUGGCAGAAACCAGAGUGCCUAUACUAGAUUGUUUGUUCGCUUUGAUUCAGGAGUUGUUAUGACUUUUGGGACCAUAUUUGUCCUGUUAGCUCAGUGUUUUUUGAAUCAGUAGCCAAAUAACGCAUACUUUUCUUCUUGAAUCAUUUCAUUGUUUCAGUAUUUUGGGAGUUUUUUAAGGACUUAGACUUCUGGCUUCAGCUUUAUUGAUUCACUGUUUUCACUAUGCCGCUCCGAAUUAUGUGCACCAUCUCCUUUUCUGCUGAUGACGAACCUAGCAGGGGAUAUGGUAGCGAUGGUUUUGACGACCACUACAAGCGGGUAAAGAAACAUUAUAGUGAUGGAGACUCACAGGAAUGCCUGGAUAGGUGUAGUCAGGUAGAUGAUUGCACUGAUGAGGAGGAUAAUGUUAGCGAUGUAGAUGACCUCGCCACUUUUUUUGGCAAUUGCUCGCUUCACGGAGCUAACCACGUGUUUGUAGAGGACAGUAAGUUUGGUUUUCGCCAGGGUUUGUGGGCACUGGUCUUCACCUUAGCACUGUCUGCUUUCAUGUAUCAAGUAGUUGACAGGGUUAUAUACUACUUCCAAUAUGAUUAUAUUACAAUGCUUGACGAAAAAGUGGCAAACAAUAUGACCUUUCCCGCUGUAACUGUAUGUAACUACAACUUCAUACGAAAGUCUCAAAUGAGCUACAGUGACCUGAUCUUUAUGGGUCCUCUUCUGGGCUUUGAAGAAGGCAUGGCACCAGGAUUUCCCCUGGCUCCAGAGCCAGACCGCCCGCUGGGCUCUCGCUUCAGUAUGGAUGAGUUCUACAACCGCACUCGACAUCGCAUGGAGGAAAUGCUACUGGAGUGUAACUUCAGAGGUAUAGAAUGCGGCCCCGACAGCUUCACAGAGAUAUUCACGCGCUAUGGGAAAUGCUACACAUUUAAUUCAGGCAAAGAUGGAAAACCGCUGCAGGUGACGACGAAGGGUGGGAUGGGCAAUGGCCUGGAGCUGAUGUUGGAUAUCCAGCAGGAUGAAUACUUGCCUGUCUGGGGAGAGACUGAUGAGACAUCGUUUGAAGCAGGGAUCAAAGUUCAGAUCCACACCCAAGAUGAGCCACCGUUCAUAGACCAGCUGGGCUUCGGAGUGGCGCCGGGGUUUCAGACGUUUGUCUCCUGUCAGGAACAACGGCUGACAUACCUGCCUCCACCAUGGGGCGACUGCAAAUCCACACCGAUGGAUUCUGACUUUUUCAGCAGUUACAGCAUCACGGCCUGCAGGAUCGACUGUGAAACACGAUACUUGGUGGAUAACUGUAACUGUAGGAUGGUUCAUAUGCCCGGAAAUGCCCCAUACUGCACCCCGGAGCAGUACAAGGAGUGUGCAGAUCCUGCCUUGGACUUUCUUGUCGAGAAAGACAAUGACUUUUGUGUGUGUGAGACGCCGUGCAACUUGACACGUUAUGGUAAAGAGCUGUCCUUUGUCAAGAUACCCAGCAAAGCAUCGGCCAAGUACCUUGCCAAGAAAUAUAACAAAACUGAGCAGUACAUAGCUGAUAACAUUCUGGUUUUGGAUAUCUACUUUGAAGCGCUGAACUACGAAACCAUCGAACAAAAGAAAGCCUAUGAAUUGGCAGGCCUUCUGGGUGAUAUUGGUGGUCAGAUGGGUCUCUUCAUUGGGGCCAGCAUCCUCACCAUUCUUGAACUCAUUGACUAUCUAUAUGAGGUGAUCAAAUACAAGGUGUGCCGGUGCAUGAAGAAGAAACACAAAGGCCGCAAAAACAAUGACCGGGGAGCUGUGCUGAGCCUGGAUGAUGUGAAACACCAUGCUCCUUGUGAGAACCUGCGUACACCAUCAACGUAUCCUGGCAAUAUGCUACCUCAUCAUCCAGGCCAGGGUAACUUUGAAGACUUCACUUGCUGAGCAGAACCCAGGUGAAAGUGCGUGUUAUGCAACCAAAGCCACCAUACAACGACAACUGUCCAACGCAGGGAGGGCGAGGAACUGAUACUAAUCUAACAGAUGCACUUUUUACAUGAAAACUGAGGAAAAUGGACGAAUCAAUCGUGACAAAGAAUUUGUCAGAGGAAGUCCUAAAUGUUUAAAAAAAAAAAAAAAUCUGUAAUUUUUCCGGAGAACAUUUCAUGCAGCACUCUUCUGUGUUUUUCCUCUGGAUUACUGCCGAAAAGGAUGCUCAUGGAGAAACCUUGCCAACAUGGACCUCUCUUUCAAAAGACAAAAAAAUAAAGAAAUAAAUAAGGGAAAAUGUACAGUUAUCUCACCCUAGACAGUAGAUCAGAAAAAAGAGCCCCCAUGCCUUUAUAUAGCACAGCAACACAUGAUGGUUUCACACAACACCGGCUUGCUAGUGUGACGAAUAUUCAUACUGCUUACUCCACAUGUAGCAACAUCUAGAACUGUUGCAGUGCUUCAUAAAACAACCGCUGGACUCUGUGUACUUUGUUUGCGAAUGUAUCUUUGUUCACAAUGAGUGUAGUUGCGUGUGCAGGAAAUACUUUCAGGGGGUUGCGAUGUAAGUGGAGGUGGCGACGGUGGUAGAGGUGCAUCAUCUACCAUUUAAUGUACUGGUGAAGAUUUCAGGUCUCAUCAUGUAAAUGCAUGCUUGUAUUUGUCCAGUGCAUGUUUUUUUUUUCAUAUCAUUUCUAAUUUUGAUUGAUUUUUUUUUUUUUAAUAUAUAGACUUAUAUACAUUUAAUCAUUAUAUUUACCAAGUCUGCCUCAUUUACAGAAACAUGACAAUGAUACAUGCCAUAUAUUCCUGUGUGCGUUUGUGUGUGUGAAGGGACAGUGUUGCAACAUUAGGUAUGUUGAGUGUUUUGUUGAUUGCACAAAUGGAUGAGCUGCACCUAAUUUCAUUUCUUAUGAUUUUGUUUUGUUUUUUCAUUCUUUCACUUCUUUUUCAUUUUCACAUGUGACCACAGGAUGAAGUGAGAAGGGUUUUUCUGUUCUUUGUUUCUUUGUUUUGUUUCCUAAUGAUUGAUUGCUAAAAUCCUUGUGUGGGGUUGUUACAUUUUUUUUUCUGUAUCUGUGUUAGUUGCAAAAGUCUUAUCAAAGCACAAUACCGCCAGUAUGUAGAGGUGAUGUAAAAGAAAACGUACUAUUCUUCUUGAUAUAUUGUCAUAUUAUUAAUAUCGUGUUGAUCCGACUGUUUUUGAUUGUUUCUUUCUUUCAUAUAAAACACUCAGCAGCGCCUGAUUUUCCUGUCUCCAUUUUCCAGGUAAUAGCCUGGUCUAUUUAGUUAUCAAAGCAUAAAUAAAAUGCAGAUAUCGUUUUGGAAAA